AUGAAAACGCGUCGAUGGCUCCAUAGCGAGGACUCUCAAGCGACAAAAUCUUAUACCGCACGCAAGAAUUCUUGGUUUAGCCCGACGAUCUUCGCACUAGGAUUUAUCCCGGUUUUCACCUUCGCCUUGGGAACUUGGCAGAUGCAACGUUUACAAUGGAAAGUGGCCCUGAUAGACGAGCUUCAGGAGAAACUCCAUCGAGAGCCGAUCUUUCUUCCCAAGCGAGUAAAUCUCUCUGUCGUGCCAGAGUUCGUCUAUCGUCGAGUGUUGCUCCGUGGUAGAUGGGAUUGUAAACACUCGAUGCUUCUAGGUCCUCGCGUCCGGGAGGGCUCGCAUGGAUAUCAUGUUGUCACACCAUUGAUCAGGUCUGACGGAUCAACCGUCCUCGUUGACCGCGGUUUCGUUGCAAAAGAGUUUGCUGAUGCCAAUACCUUCGAACGAGGGGAAGCAGGCGAGGUCGAAAUAUUGGGAAUGUUAAGGACAUCGCAUACCCGAAACAGCUUUACCCCAGACAACAAACCAAAUGAAGGAACGUGGUACUGGGCUGACGUCGAUGCUAUGGCAGACUGCGCUGGUGGAGAAGCAGAAAAUGUACAGCCAGUAUUCGUAGAACAGAUCUAUGAUGGCUCAUCUCAGGACGCUGCGUCGCGCCUGAGUAAGGGUAUACCACUUGGACGCGCAGCUUCUGUUGAUGUUCGCAACGCCCACCUUUCAUAUGUUAUCACCUGGUUUUCCCUGUCUGCCUUCACUACAGCUAUGUUGGCGCGACUUGUAUUGAAGCGAAGAGCUCAAAAUCACCCCCGCCCACUACCAAGGUGA